GGAGGCGGCGGCCGCGGCCCGGCGGGAAGAUGGCGGCGGCGCUGGCUCCCCCGGCCCCAGCCGCGGCGGCGGCGCCGGUCCCCGACGGAGGCCCGUCCCCGCCGCAGCCGCCGCACGAGAUCAAGAGCCAGUUCCGCACCCGAGAGGGCUCCUACCGGCUGCUGGGGGCCCCGGAGCCCCGCGCCAGGCCCGCCCCGCCCGCCGCCCCCACCUCGGCCGCCGCCCCGCCGCCGCCUCCCCCGCCGCCCUCCGGGGUGCCCGUCGGAGCCCCCGCGCCGCCCGCCCCCUCGCUGCCCCCCGUGCGCCUGUCGCUGGUGCGGCUCAGCCCGGCCUCGGGGGGCGCAGGGGGAGGAGGAGGCGGCGACCCGUGCGGGGAGGGGGACCCGGUGGGCCUGGCCGCCGAGCGCAGCCGCGUCUGCUUCAACCUGGGCCGAGAGCUGUACUUCUACUCGGGCUCCGGGGGCGCACCGGGGCGGGGACGCAGGUCUAUCGACCUGAAGAAGCCCAUUGACAAGCGGAUCUAUAAGGGGACGCAGCCCACUUGCCACGACUUCAACCAGUUCACAGCUGCUUCCGAAAGCAUCUCGCUGCUGGUUGGCUUCUCGGCUGGGCAAGUGCAGUACUUGGAUCUCAUCAAGAAGGAUACUAGUAAGCUCUUCAAUGAGGAGAGGCUGAUUGACAAGACAAAGGUCACCUUUGUGAAGUGGAUCCCCGAGACGGAGAGCCUCUUCCUGGCCUCCCACGCCAGCGGCCACCUGUACCUGUACAACGUGGAGCACCCCUGCGGCUCAGCCUCGCCCCAGUACACCCUCCUCAAGCAGGGCGAGGGCUUCACGGUCUACGCCUGCAAGAGCAAGAGCGCCCGCAACCCGCUGCUGAAGUGGGCAGUGGGCGAAGGAGCGCUGAACGAGUUUGCCUUCUCGCCCGACGGCCGCUACCUGGCCUGCGUCAGCCAAGACGGCUGCCUCCGCGUCUUCCACUUCGAUUCCAUGCUCCUGCAGGGGAUGAUGAAGAGCUAUUUUGGGGGGCUGCUGUGCGUCUGCUGGAGCCCCGACGGGCGCUACAUCGUGACGGGCGGCGAGGACGACCUGGUGACGGUCUGGUCUUUUGCCGAGGGCCGGGUCAUCGCCAGGGGCCACGGCCACAAGUCGUGGGUCAACGCGGUGGCCUUUGACCCCUUCACCACCAGCACGGAGGACGACGGGAGCGGAGAGUUCAGCGGCAGCGACGAGGACAUCCAGGACUCUGCCAAUUUCUGCAGGGUGCGGACCAGCAGCACGUUGUCGCACCUCUCUAAGCACAGCACCAAAAGCACCCCCACGGUGACUUACCGGUUUGGGUCUGCCGGCCAGGACACCCAGUUCUGCCUUUGGGACCUGACGGAGGACGUCCUGUACCCCCACCACCCGCUCUCCCGGGCCCGAACGCUCACCAACACCUUCAGCGCCGGCAUCCCCCCCUCGGGGAGCGGCGGGAGCAACCUGGCCGCCGAGGCAGGUGGGGGGGCCCUGCCCCGCUCGCUGUCCCGCUCCAACAGCCUGCCGCACCCGGCCGUCACCAGCGCCGCCAAGAGCCACGUGGCCGACGGCACGGUGCCCUUCAGCAUCGGGAAAUUCGCCACGCUCACCCUGCAGGAGCGGAAGGACAAGAACGCCGAGAAGGAGCACAAGCGCUACCACAGCCUGGGCAACAUCAGCAAGAGCAACGACAAGCUCAACGUGGUGCCCCGGAGCAAGCUGGACACGGCCAAGGUCCUGGGCACGGCCCUGUGCCCCCGCAUCAACGAAGUGCCCCUCCUGGAGCCCCUUGUCUGCAAGAAGAUUGCCCACGAGCGGCUGACGGUGCUGCUCUUCCUGGAGGACUGCAUCAUCACCGCCUGCCAGGAGGGCCUCAUCUGCACGUGGGCCAGGCCAGGGAAGGCGGUGAGUGGAGCAGCCCCUUACACUGGCAGGAGGGCUCUGCUGCGCUUCAAAGCUUGGACCUUGAACGCCCAGAACGGCGGCUCUCCCAGCGGCACGGUGGUGUAA